AUGCUGUCGCUACUGCUGCCAGCGCUCGCUUCCGUGAAUGUGAACCUCGCCAUUCUCACCUAUCAGUCGGACGCGCGCUUCACGUCGGCCGAAACUUGCGUCGCCGAGUGGGUCAACGGCACGUGCUGGCUUGCAGAGCCGAUGCAGGCGGUCGUCGCGGCCGCCUUGACGGCAGUGACGGACUUCAACUCGCGAGACGCUGUUGCGCUGCCCGUGCUUGGGUCCUUGGGAGCGUGCGACAAGCAGCUCCAGUUUCGGCUGCUCGACAGCGGCGGCACAGCUGCCAAGUCGGUCCGAGCGCUGGGAGACUUGUCUGGCACAGACGUGGUCAUCGGAGCCGUUCGUAGCACUGUCACCGCCACCACUGCGGCCAUCACCGGUGCGCUCGACAUCCCGCAGAUCUCGUACUGGUCAACCUCUACCGAUCUGCGCGACCCUAUUCUUUUUCCGCGCUUCAUGAGGACCAUCCCCUCGAGCCUAGCUCCCGCGUCAGACCUCUGCUCCUUUUGGAAGGACGAGCUUGGGCUCUCGACUGUGGCGGUGCUCUACAUGCAGACCACGUACGGGCGCGCCUACGAGGAGGCAGCGAAGGACGCGUGUCUUGGCCUCGGGCUAACGUUUCUGUCCAGAGAUAUCCCUGACUUCUUUGAGGGCUCAAGCAGCCAGCAAUCGAUUCGUUCCGCUGUCGCCAGCCUGAGCGAGAGCGGAGCCAAGGCAGUGCUAGUCCUUGCUUCCAAACCAGUGCUCGAAUUUAUCGUAGAAGUUGCGCUCGACACCGGCCUGCUCCGAGCUGGCGUCUCCUGGGUCUUCGCUGACAGCGUCGUGCCGGAGCAAUUGGACGAUUUGAGCGAGAAGGCGCGGGCCGCGCUGAACGGCAGCCUGAGUAUCAAGGCGGUCGGUGCGACCGACGGCAACCUGCAGUGGACCAAGUUCGCAAACGAGCGCUGGGCGACGCUUGAGCCCGGAGACUUCAACCCGUCCUUGCCUGCCGACUGGCAGAUCCGCGGCGACUUCUUCAGCACCGUCGAUCCACACACGAGUACAGUGCUACGCAAUGGCGGUGCGUUUGCUUACGAUGCUAUCAUAGCGGCAGGGCUGCUGGCGUGCGAGGUGGCCCCGAUGGGCAAAGUGCCAGCCUCAUUUGGCACGCAGUUCUGGGCGUCCAAGAAGAGUCUGUCUUUUGAUGGCCUUACUGGGCGCGUGCAGUUCGACGAGAAGGGCGACAGGGGCAAUGCGAACGUUCUCCUGUUCAACCUGCGCGACCAAGGCGGCUUCUCCGAGAAACGCGUAGCGCAGUUCAACAACGGCACGUGCACUUGGGACGGCGGAUCGCGCGAGAGCAGCGGCGUGAUCUUCAACCUCGGAAACGUCGAGCCGCCUUUUGACGCGUCGCCUCCGCCGCCGCUCCCACCGCCACUGCCGCCGUCGACCCCGCCCCCGCCGCUUCUUCUUGAGGACGGUGAGAACGGUCUCCCCCCCUAUCUCUUGGUAAUCAUCGGCGUCCUGGCGUCCGUCGGCCUGAUGCUGUGCUUGUGCUGCCUACCCGUCGGCCGGCUUGUACCGCCGCUAUCGCGCAUCGCCGCGUCCCACGGAACGAACCCGUGGACGCUGCUCCGCAGGCGCAUCUCACGGUGCGCUCCCGUGCGCUUCUGCGUCGGCUGCGCACGAGCGGUGCGGCGGGCGUGCAGCUGGGCUCGGACGACGCCGUUCCUGCGUCCUACCGCCACGCCUCGCGUCGUGUGGGAGCGGCUCUGCCGCAGGGCCAACAAGGAGCCGGCCGAGGGACCUCCCGACAUCGAGCGGCGCCCGUUUGUCGAGCAGCGCCUGUGGGCCUCGGUGCUGGAGCAGAGGCUGUGGGGGACGGCCGCGCGCGAGGCUGCGCAGCUUCGCGCAUACCUCCACGUGACGCGGAACACGACGCCCUUCAUCGAGGCGUGUGUCGAGAAGCUGCUCUCGAGGGGCGGGACCGCAGCUUGCACUCAGCGCAGCUGCAAUGACGACGGCUGCGAGGCUUCUCCAGACCUCGAGGCGCCGAGACUCCUGCGGACGAUCUCCGCGCCCCUCGUUGAGCAGUCCCGCGCGACGCUGAAGAUGAGGGACCUGCUUCGCUUCUGCCUCAACGAGCAGGGCGCCGGAGGGCGCCAGCUGUGGGAGGAGUGGAAGAUCGCUCUCUGUGAUCUCCGGUCAAAGGAGAGGCACCGCGACGCGUCAGUCCACCGCGACUCUGCCUCGAGGCAAGCGCUGAGGAGCUUGCUCGAUCCUCGCGCGAGGGGGUCGUCCGAGGCAGAGCCCAUCUCGGUGCACGAGUCUGAGCCCAUUUCGGUGCACGAGUUCGCCUCCCUCCUGCUCUCGCCGUGCAACAGCGCCAUCGAGCAGAGGAGCGCGACGGAGGACGCGACCGAGCCGCUCACCAGCUACUGGAUCGCCUCGUCGCACAACAGCUUCCUCGAGGGCGACCAGCUCACCUCCGCCGUGUCUGCCGACAUGUACCGCCGCCUCCUGCUCUCGGGGACUCGCUGCCUCGAGAUCGACUGCUGGGACCCCACCACCUUUGGGCGGUGGUGUGGCCAGGGCCCGCGCGUCACUCACCGCAUGCCGGGCGGGGUCUCUCUCCUCUGCGGAAGCGUAGCCUUCGGCGAGGUGGUCGCUGCGAUCGCCGAGCACGCCUUCACCUCUAGCCCUCUGCCCGUUAUCCUGAGCAUUGAGAUGCACUGCUCGGCGAAGCAGCAGAAGAAGAUCGCCAAGGAGCUCGUCCUCAUCAAGAUGCGGCUCGACAAGGGAGGGGUGACCACGGACGAGAGCCUCCGCGACCUCGUCACGCUGCCCACGGCCUCCAUCGGUUCGUCGCCGCCCGUGGAGGACGACAGCGGCAGGCGGCUCGGCCGCAUGGCGAGCUGGAAGGAGCUCAGCGGCCGCUCCCUCCACCGGGGCGUCUGGGGCUGGCUCCGCUCAAAGCGCGACGGCGACAGCAGGGCCACGCAGAUGUCCGAGUGUUCCCUCGGGUCUCUAAGCUCAACCUGCCUGCACCGCGGCUCGUCGAUAGCGGAGGAGCCGACGAGCGAGCUCUCGGGCGCCAGGGUGCCGCGCCGCGGUAUCGUGAGCUUGUCCGAGGAGCGGCUGGAGCGGCUGGCGGCCUGGCGCGCGGGCGUGCAGAUGGUGGCUCUCAACCUGCAGACGAACGACGCUCUCCUCGGUCUGCCGGUGCAGAUCCACGACGCCCUGUUUCGCGGUAGCGGCGGCUAUGUACUCAAACCCGCGGCGCUCCGUGCGCCCGAUCGGGCGAUCGCGCCCCCCGUUCACUUGAUGGCGCCCGAGGUGCUCUCCCUGCACCAGCUCCCGACGCGGGACGAGUGCCGGCCCCUCCUCGCCGAGCCGCACCACGCCUUCGUCUCGCAUCUGAGCGACAGCCCCCGCCCGCCCAGCGGGGCCCGCGCCAGCGUGUCGAGCCCGCGCGUUUGCGUCGAGCUGCACGCCAUCGGAGGCUUCCACGCCAUCGCGCGCGAGCCGCAGCCGCCGCCCGAGGCGCAGGGCGUGACCCGGCUCGUCACCGCGGUCGCGGAGGGCAACGGCCUCAACCCGACCUUUGACGAGACCUUCCACUGCCUCGCGGCCGAGCCUCACCAGACCAUCCUCCGGGUGGUGGUGGAGGACGAGGGGCGGCUGGUGGCGUACGAGACCGCGAUGCUCGGCUCCCUCCGCUGCGGCUACCGCUGCCUGCACCUGCGCUCGCCCAGCGGCACGCGGAUCGACGCGUGCUGCCUCCUGCUCCACAUCUCCGUCUCCACCGAGCCAAACGUCUACGGCACUGUUGAUGAGCUGCGCAGCAGGGUGCAGUCGCAGCGCUCGCGCAUCAGCCAGCAGAGCCGCGACAUCCACCACUUAAGCGCAGAGCUCUCGCGGCUCGGAAGCCAGUCGUCGUCGCCGGCGCUGUCCCCCUCGCCGAGCCGUUGGAGCGCACGCUGGCCGCUGGAGCUAGCGCUGGAUGCGGGGGUCAACGGGGCUCGCGCAGGCCGGCCGUCGCCGAUUGCGCUGCCUCCCGGCGCCACGCUGACAGUCGGUCGCGACGCGUCGAGCGGCGUUGCCCUUGUCCCGCACGAUACGCAGCGCAUCUCGCGUUUCCACGCCUCGCUCCACGUCGCCGCAGACGGCCGCAGCGCCCGGCUCGAGGACGUCUCGCGCAAGAACGGAUGCCGCGUGCAGCAGCCGGGUGGCGAGCCGGUCGUCCUGCAGUCUACGGCCGAGGAGGUGGCGAGCGCCCAGCUGCGUGAGGGAAGCGUGCUAACCUUUGGGCAGCCCGAUGCGGAGGACGAGUUUCGCUACGUCCUUCGCGCUGCCGGCACCCUCAGCAAGGACAGUGAUGACUCCAGCUGCGACGGCGACAACGAACGUGAGCGCGCUUGGCCGCCUUUGCUGCCGCCGCCUUCGCUGCCGCCGCCUUCGAUGCGGGCGUCCUCCUCAUCGCCCUUGGUGCCGCCCAAGCUCCGGACCCGCCCCUCUGGCCCGAGGCCGCUCGCCUUUUACGCCGGCGCUGGCAUCUCCCCCGCUUCGGCGCCACAGCAGCGCCGCUGCGUGCCACUACGGCUUUAA